AUGGCCUCCCACGAGCGAGGCAGACUGGGAGCAAUGCCCGAAGUGAUUGUGACCGACGAACACAGCGAACACGAAGACGAGACUAUGUCCGGUCGAUCGCCGCAGCUCGGAUUAUCUUUCCAAGCACGUCGUAGUUCGUUCACUUAUACCUCUUCCCACUCGGCCUCGCUCUCUGUUCGUAUGUCCGACACUCCAGACAGGAUACGCGCAGCCUCGGCACAUCUCAGCAGUCUUUUCACUCCCCAUUCCCCCUCGGAUGUCCCACGCAUUGCCACUUCCGCACACCUUCUGGGAACCAGUCUGGGAAAGGCACGUGAGGGCGUAGCACCGUUGGACACACUUUCACCGAUGCAGGAGGUCGAUGAAGAGCAGAUGGUUGGCAUCGGAGUUACUACCGCUGGACCGGCCCUUUCGCUUUCACCCCCUAAACGAGGAUCUCCGACUGGGCCGAGCGGGCUCUCCAGGCUCAUUGCCGGCGAACGCGAGCGUAGUCGAUCUCGUGCCAGAGAAGGCGGUGCUCAGAGCCCAAUUGAUACAGACAGAGACAUCGAAGUCGGUGGAUCCAGCCAGGGAACUAUUCAUUCUCCUCCUGUCUCUGUUCCUCAAGAGCAUACCAAUUUGUUGACUGGGACAGGAGCCAGGCCUGCUUAUGGAGCUAUACGGUCAUCCACAGAAGAAACGAUCACAAUGACGGAUGCAUUGCCUACUUCAUCUCCUCCUUCCAUUCCCCCCAAACUUUCAUGGAAGGCCGCACGCACGCUAGCCUGUUCCAAGUUUCAAGAGUACAGCUCACCCGAAAAUAUCAAGUCGACCCUUUCCCUCGUCAUUACUUCUAUACCCGCGGUGAUACUUGGAAUGCUACUCAACGUUCUCGAUGGUGUUUCUUACGGCAUGAUCAUAUUUCCCGCUGGCGACAUCUUCCUGGGCUUUGGCGGUCUCGGAGUCUCCAUGUUCUUUGUUACAACGUUUAUCGCCCAAAUGGUGUAUACGUUCGGUGGGAGUGCGUUUGAUGGGGCGAAUGGAAGCAUGAUGAUUGAGGUCGUGCCAUUCUUUCAUAUGCUCACAACCGGAAUCGUCGCCCACGUCGGGGAAGAAAACCCAAAGGUCAUUAUUGCAACGACCAUGGUCGCAUUUUGUUUGAGCAGCGUAUUGACUGGUCUUACCUUCUUGCUACUUGGUCUAUUCCGCCUCGGUGUCAUCAUCGGUUUCUUCCCGCGCCAUAUUUUGGUAGGAUGUAUUGGUGGAGUAGGCAUCUUCCUGAUCGAAACUGGACUUGAAGUAGCAGCCGGAAUAAACGAAGAAGGUGGCUUCCAAUACAAUCUCGAAACGUUCAAACUGUACUUUAUGAACGCACGAAACUUGUCGUUGUGGCUCCCUGCAUUCGGGCUUGCAAUCUUACUACGAAUCAUCACUCAUCGUUUCCACCACCAACUCAUUUUCCCUAUGUACUUUAUUGGUAUCGGAGUUAUUUUCUAUAUCGUCGUGGCUGCCGUUGGUGUUGACAUCCAAUCGUUAAGAAGCGGCGGAUGGGUGUUUGAUGUAGGCGGUUCAACGGAACCGUGGUGGCAUUUCUACACGUACUUUGAUUUCCGCCAAACGAGCUGGUCGGCCAUCUGGGCUGGUAUGCCGACUCAACUCGCGCUUCUGUUCUUCAACAUCCUGCAUCCACCGCUAAACGUCCCCGCUUUGGCUGUAUCACUGAACGAAGAUAGCAUUGAUACUAACCGGGAACUCACCGCUCAUGGUAUCUCCAAUCUGCUGGCUGGAUUUACGGGCACGGUCCCAAAUUACUUGGUUUAUGUGAAUACCCUCUUGUUCUACCGCGUUGGAGGUGGAACACGCGUUGCAGGAUUUUUGCUCGCUUGCAGUUCGGUCUUGCUCCUUUUCAUUGGAACAGGACCGAUCAGUUAUAUACCCGUUAUGGUCGUUGGCGCUCUGAUUUUCGUUUUGGGGUUAGAUCUAGUGAAGGAAUCUGUUUGGGAUACCCGCCACCGAGUUAGCACCUCGGAGUACAUUACUAUCAUUGCUAUUAUGCUUUGCAUGUCCGUCUAUGACUUUGUGAUUGGGGUUUUAUUUGGGAUCGUCCUUGCUUGUAAGCCCUCUCCCACCCAGCCUGUCUUUCCGUUCCAAGUCUCACCAGCUCCUCAAGGCUUCUUUUUCGUUGUACAAAAUUCCCGGAGACAAUGCAUUCGCGCACUGUACUAUGGCGACACAUCCAUGUCAACCGUUCGACGACCGAGUGCUCAUCGACAGUUUAUCCGAGAAGCUGCCUGCCAGACGGCGAUCCUUAGGUUGCAGGGCAUGAUCUUCUUCGGUAGUGUAACAUAUGUCGAAAGCACCAUUCGGCAACUCAUCGAUAUUGCCAACUGGAACAAACGUCCGAUCAGGUUCCUCGUCGUUGACCUGGCGUUGGUGGGAGGUCUUGACAUGUCCUCGGCCGAAGCGUUUGUGCGCAUACAGAGACUCUUGUCCGUCAAACGUGUUACUCUUAUUCUUUGCGGCGUGCAAGCCAACUCGCCUGUCGGCAAGGCCCUACAGCAAGUAGAUCUGUGGGCCGAUCGCGGGACCGGGGUUGAAGUGUUUGGGACACUCAAUGAAGCUAUGGAGUGGACUGAAAACGUGUAUCUCCGGGCAUGGUUCACUUCUCUCAAGUGGAGAAAGGAGGAAACGCAAUCGGAGCCUGCCCCUCGUCCUGUGGAGCGUGAAUCGGCCGCAAAGUUACCUUUUGUGCUAGGAGCCUCGUAUAUCAAUUCACCGAGACGGUCGCAUCUAGUAAAUGCAGGAGAGCGGUUGAUGGCUGGUGCAGACGACGGAAGCGGGACAGCGUCAUCCACCCAAGAAGAACCCACUGCACCUCGAGAACCUACUUUUUCGCUUCUCAAGACGUUCUCAUCUCACACAAACGAUGCCGAACUUAUGAACAACUUGGCUGCAUACUUUACACGCGUGGAACUCCAAGCUGGAGAUGUCCUAUGGAGACAAGGGGACCAACCAGAUGGAUUAUAUGUGAUCGAGAGUGGGGUCUUGCAAGCAAAUUACGAUUUCGCGGCCCAUAGUGCACCGGUUCAAGAGUCGAUGACCGCUGGCACGUUGGCGGGUGAACUUUCAGCGCUGUCCGGGUCGCCACGUAACGCAACAGUGGUUGCCGAGCGUGCGUCGGUGGUAUGGAAAUUAAGCACAAAUGAUUUUGAGCGAUUGGAGAGGGAGCAGAGUGAUGUGGCCAAGGCAUUUGUUAGAUUGGUAUUGAAAGCUGCAAAGACGGAUUACGAUGUUCUCCUGUCAGCACAUUCGGGUGUCAACAACCCUUCCAGGCACCCUCAUUUCGGGGGCCAUUUCGGGAAUGAAUUACGCGUGGUCGCGCACGAAAUUAGCAACGGGAAUGCCCCUGUAGUCAUUGUGUUAGCAACGAUCCUCGCCAAGCCAUGGAACGGUCUAGUCACUAAGCAUCAUUCUCAAGACGCAAAUCCUGCUCAUGGAAACCCAUGGAAUAACUGA